AUGGAGGAUGAUUACCGAACUAAUGAGUCCAUCACAGACGAUGACAGCCACAUCUGUGCUCGAGGACGUUCUGACUCACUUCAUCUGAAAGGUUUUAAUGGUUCUAACAGGUGCUCGGACUGGUUUAAGGCCCUUCCCAUCAGCACUGACCCCAAGAGGACACAGACCCCAAGAGACCACAGACCCCAAGAGACCACAGACUCCAAGAGACCACAGACCCCAGGAGGAGACAGACCCCAAGAGGACACAGACCCCAGGAGGACACAGACCCCAAGAGGACACAGACCCCAGGAGGACACAGACCCCAAGAGGACACAGACCCCAGGAGGACACAGACCCCAAGAGGACACAGACCCCAAGAGGACACUGACCCCAAGAGGACACACACCCCAAGAGGACACAGACCCCAAGAGGACACAGACCCCAAGAGGACACAGACCCCAGGAGGACACACACCCCAAGAGGACACAGACCCCAAGAGGACACACACCCCAAGAGGACACAGACCCCAAGAGGACACAGACCCCAAGAGGACACUGA